AUGAUGAGCUUGCAUAGAAGGUUUAGCUUCUCGAAGAGGAGCGACACAAGUUUGAUGAACACUACUUUUAUGCUUUUUAGGGAGAACACUAUUGUAGAAUCUCGCGUUGGCGACUCUAGAUGGGGAGGUGGCGGUUCGUGUGGUAGACAUGUUGUUGAGAGUAGUGAGUCCGCGGUAUGGAUUUUUCGUGUGAAUGUCGUGUCUAUGGCUACUGGUACAGAGAGGAGGAAGCAGAAGGCACGAGUGUGGACAUCCGGCAGCAGUCCUGGAUCAUCCAAUCUAGAUGUUGCGGCACGGUCUAUUGAUGCAAUGCAUGUUGCCAUCAAGGCUUUUUCGAAGAUGGACUUCAUGUCUUAUCUUCAUUUGGUCGAGCUCGGCCUUACCGAUCUUCACUAA